UUCACCUCAGAUAUAUAUAAUAAAAUUCACUUCAGUAGUAGCUACAACAUUCAUAGACAAAGUCUUAUUACUACCGUAAAUAUAUCUCACUCUCACUAACUUCUCUUCACCAGAAAAUGUCGACCGCUCCUCUCUCCGGCUUCUUCCUCACCUCUCUUUCCCCUUCUCAAUCUUCUCUCAAGAAAGUCUCUCUUCGUUCUUCUCCAACUGUCGCCAGCCUUCCCUCCUCCUCUUCUUCCUCCUCAUCCUCAUCCUCCCGUUCCGUUCCAACCCUUAUCCGUAACGAACCCGUUCUUGCUGCUCCUGCUCCUAUCAUCACCCCUUACUGGAGCGAAGAGAUGGGUAGCGAAUCAUACCAAGAGGCCACUGAAGCUCUCAAGAAACUUCUCAUCGAGAAGGAAGAGCUAAAGACGGUAGCGGCCGCUAAGGUGGAGCAGAUCACGGCUGAACUUAAGACAGGUGCCCCCUCCGACAAGAAAGCUUUCGACCCCGUGGAAAACAUUAAGCAAGGCUUCAUCACUUUCAAGAAGGAGAAAUACGAAACCAAUCCUGCUUUGUAUGGUGAGCUCGCCAAGGGUCAGAGCCCUAAGUAUAUGGUGUUUGCUUGUUCGGACUCACGUGUGUGUCCAUCGCACGUUCUCAACUUCCAGCCAGGAGAUGCCUUCGUCGUCCGUAACAUCGCCAACAUGGUUCCUCCUUUUGACAAGGUCAAAUACGGUGGAGUUGGAGCGGCCAUUGAAUACGCUGUUUUGCAUCUUAAGGUGGAGAACAUUGUGGUGAUAGGACACAGUGCUUGUGGUGGGAUCAAGGGACUUAUGUCUUUUCCCUUAGAUGGAAACAACUCUACUGAUUUCAUAGAGGACUGGGUCAAAAUCUGUUUACCAGCCAAGUCCAAGGUCAAAUCAGAAGUUGGAGAUUCAGCCUUUGAGGACCAAUGCAGCCGAUGUGAAAGGGAGGCAGUGAACGUUUCACUAGCAAAUUUAUUGACAUAUCCAUUUGUGAGGGAAGGACUUGUAAAGGGAACACUUGCUUUGAAGGGAGGCUACUAUGACUUUAUUAAGGGUGCUUUUGAGCUUUGGGGACUUGAGUUUGGCCUCUCCGAAACUAGCUCUGUUAAAGAUGUGGCUACCAUACUACAUUGGAAGCUGUAGGAACUCUUUGAAGCCUUUAUCCCAUUCAACCAAUCAUCUUGUUGUUUCCAUGUCGCUCAUCAUGAAAUAACCAUUCGCGUUUUAUUUAAUAAUUAAAAAUGAAUAUUGCAUGUAGCUGGUUUUUCAUUUUAUGUAAAAUAAAAAAUUGAAACCUUAGGGUGAAAAAAUAAAAUAAAAACUAAAAUAUACAAUUAAGUAA